AUGGUGGGAUACCUCCAAAUGCAGGUUAGUAACACCAAAAGAAUAUUUGCGGUUAUGUAGGGAUAAAUAACUCAGCAUUUCAGUAACUAGACCACAUUUACAAAUAACAUAAAUGAUGCAUGAAAAUAAUUGGCCCAAUUCGAUAUCACUUUUAACAUCAGCACACUGAAUAAGGGCGGUAUCUGUCCAUCCGCUGUUUUUAAAUUUUAUUUCUUUACAGUUUUAUUAUCAUCGUCCUCUUCUAGAUUUGUAUUCUUUAUUAUUGACUGGAUUACCUGUAAUCUCCCUCAUUUUGUAAUGCAUUAAUAAGCGGCUCGACCAUGGUUUUGAGGACAGUGCUCGCUUGUGCGCUCCUCGCGUGGCUACUUGCUUCUCUAGGCGAAGUCGCAGCACGGAAUAUGAAAGAGGGAGGUCGUUGCACUUGUUAAUAGACUGGGGGCCGAUAAACCAUGACUUAAACAGCUCGCAGCUCACGCGGUUGUCACCUCUAGCAAAAAUGUCGGCCUCGUCGAAUUUGAAUGUGUGGCCGAAUCUCGUUGAAUGAGCCGCAACCUGAGAACUGGCGUCAUUUCUCCGCACUGUUGCCGCGCGUUCGAUCAUUCGCGUUCGGAGCAGUAUUCCGGUCUCUCCGACGUAGUUGCUUUGUCCGCAGCUGCACCAGAUCCGAUAAAUGACUUCAGACGUUUUUGCUGUGACAGCGGGCCUUUCGGUUUUACUAUAUGACGCCUGAUGGUUGCCUCCGGUCUGUGCGUAACUCCAAACCCAAGUGGUGGGAGAAGACGGCGGACAGCUCACGAAACGUUCUUGACAUAUGAAACCGCUUGCCAAAAUUUGAGGUCCGUGGGGAUUGGCCUUUCGUCCUUAUUGUGUAUGCACUGGUUGUCGAAAUUGUGCGGUAGCCAUUAGCUUUGAAUUCUCAUCGAAGAUAUAGUAGUUCCGCAAUCGGUAAGUUAUGGCUACGUAAGCCCACCAGAUGGAAAGCAUAUUGUUGGGGUUGGGGUUUGAGGUUAGGGCUAGGUGUUAAGGUAAGUAUUAGGGGUUAGUGUUAGGGGUUUGAGUUAGGGAUUAGGGUUGACGAUUAGAGUUAUGGUUCACGCGUUGGGGAAAUUAUUCUCAACCAUUCAAAUUACAAACGUGCAUUCCCAGUAGAAAUCAUUUUGCAUAAAUCUACUUGACCUCGUGUCCUGUGCGUUCCCAAGCUCCACGUGCAAAAUGCCCUGUUAUUAUCAAUCCCGUAUCACAGGUGGUUGGGUUUUCUUUUCUUCAGAUGAGGCUACAUAGCCACAUCUAACCCGCCAGUCUUGUCCUCCGGCUCGCUGCCGUGGGUUUCAAAAGGCCGAUAGAACGUCCUUAAACAACUGCGUUUGCUGCUGAUAUUUGUGUUUUCUUUUGGAGUUCUGUACCCGCGUCAUACUUGUCGAUAUACUGAGCACUUUUGUCUUUUGGCCACCACAAUCUUUGCGGCAUACGAUGACAUCCAGGAAGAAUGUGGGCGUGUUCAAGAAAAAUCUCCGUUUCAUCGUAUUUGCUUUGUAGAAGCAGCUAGAUUGCCUCGAUCGUCAGAUUCUAGGGAAUGGAAAUGGAACGCGACAUAACAUCAAAUUAUACCAUGACCUCAUUUCUAUGGAGACUCAGUCCUUUGAGCCACUCCGGUACAUGUGCUGACGAGGAAACCGUGGCGUAUGAUUCAGCGUUCACGAAGUCAAGACGCCGGAACAGCCACUUUGCCGAUCCAUGCACUGGAGUGCGUUUGAGUGACACGAUAGGUCGGAGAAAAACGCCCUUUUUGUACAUCUCAGGGAGACCAUAAAAUCGGGCCAAAGCCGUGUCUUGUGGUCUUGCCAAGCGUUUGUCGCCGCCCUACGCAGCUGCGAGGGAGUCGGCUCACCAGUGGGUCACCCGGCGUUAUGUGAGUUUUCUCGUAUAUGAAGUGCUGAUUAAUCUUGCCUUGCUCAAUUUUUCACGAAAGUAAUUCGUGGCCUUGCAUUAAAUUCGGUCGGAUGAGUUUAUGUAAACAAAAUCCACUCACUUCUAGUACCUGACAGGUGGUAAUAAGUGAUUUACAGGUGGGGCCGGUAACACAAAGUCCAUGAGGUCGAGUAAUUGUAUGCAAAAAAAGUUAAGAAUGAGCAGUUGUACUUUGAAUGGUUGAUAAAUAGUUGCGCUAACCCCUAACCAUAUUCCUAACCCCCUAACUACAACCCCCAAUCCUAAGUCCUAACCCACUAAACCCAACUUUUAACCCUAAGUCUAGCCCUUUAACAUAGCACCUAACCCUACUCUAUAACCCUUAUAUUUAUCCCCAACCCCAACAGUAUUAUAUUGACAAGUUAGGGUUACCAGACAACAACUUACCGUUAAUUGUUUUGGACAGACCAUUUCAGGUCUGGUUAACGGCAAAUCCCAUUUGAGACAGGAGAGCGCUGCAGAUGACGUAUGAAUGUAGAUGACUUACGACUUUCCCAUAGGUAUGAUUUGAAGAGAUCAGAAGUGAACUUGUAGAAUUCUUGCUAGGCCCACUUGCGUAUACUAGAGUCUGUGACCGAUCACGUUUUAUGUUGACAGAAUUUCCAAAAUGUUUUCUUUAUGUGGCGAAUUAUUACAUAGCGUGGACUGAAAUACUGAUUGCUAAUUAUCACGUAAAAAAAUUCAAAAGAAACAAUUAUCACAAGGGGAAGAGUGAUUAGCUGUACCAUGACUAUGCCAAGUGCUGUAGUCUCCGCAGGCGACAUUUUUUUUCUCAUGCUGUUUCGGUAGACUAUUGACAUAAAAUUUGCAUGGCAGAGAUUUCUCCAUUCCACAGUCAAUAAUUUGAGUGAAAAUAACAGAAAUGACUAUAUAAAAAGGAGCAUGAUUUGAUUGACAGACUGGUGGAUAAUUUUAUGUGAGACAGUGUUCCGGCAUUUUUUAAAAUAACAGACGAAUUUUAUUGACAUCAUACGCCAAAAUGGCGUUGUGCGCAGUGUUCAGAAUCUGGCGCCAGAAAAUAGGCAACUGCAACCGAAAUAUUUUCUCGACUGUUUAUUCCUACUGAAGUGUAAAACUAGCUUAUGUUAUUUAAACUAAUGGACAGCGUCUUUGCGGACUAAGGGAUGCCUUACAAGGACAUCGACAGACUUCGGGACGCCGGGAAUUUCAUGUGAUACUUAUGACUCUGAGAAUGCAGUUGACAGUCGGUAAAUGGCUUUAGAUAUACCAUUUGCCAAUAUGCAGUACUCAGAGCCCCAAUUACUUACAGGGUUCUCAUGACCAACAUAAGUGACAGACGACACCUGCGGUGACGAUCUAGCCAUAAACUACGUUGCCAUCACGAAACGCUACACAGUUGCAAAUCUGUAGGGCUCUGAGUAUUCCCAGGUACCAAAUAAGCAGCCCAAGUACUCGCCGAAAGCUCAGACACGCGUGUUUCGCCGAUAUUCUGCCGCCGCAUUUCAUAACUGUGAGUAGUCCGGCUUUGCAUGGCGAGUUUGCAUUCUUCAUCAGCCUCGCACUUCUGGAGCGCUGAUUCGAAAAAAUGCACUGAAGUCUUGUGGUCGAGCAUCUCUCGUGCUGAACUAUGUGUCAUAGGAAAAUGCGCUAGCUGCUGUUGUGUGAGACGAUGGGAGGACAUCCACUUACUUUUAUUACUGGGUUUAAAGAGGAGUAGGGAACUUUUGCCAAUUAGUCACAGGGGAGAAUGCUUCUCCGCAUGUUUUCUAUAAAGCAUAUUUGAAUUCUGAAAGGAACCGAAAAUCAACAUGAAGAAUUAUAGUAUAUAAGUAAGCACCAUUUUGCUGCGUGUGGUUUUAAAAGUACAUGCAAAAGCAAACAUCUCGCCGUCUAUCAUACUUUCACUCUAAAUGAACAAUCUUGUCUAAAAAAAAUUCAGGAUUUUAGUUUUUAUUGCCCAUUUAUUCCACCUUAUUCGAAUUGCUGGAGAACUCUCCUGUGAUUUUUUACCUUUUUAUUUUGACUAGAAGACCGCGGCGGUUAAAGAUGAAGUGUCGAUCGGGAUGCAUUUUCUGCACAUUCAUCCCAUUCUUCGAAUGUCAAACGUUGCGCAAUACUGAGGUUCAGAAUUACAAAGUGCCACAAGAGGAGGGGUUAGUAGAUGUACCCUGCCCACCCCAAGUGCUGUGGUUUCUGUAGGCAAAUUUUAUUCUCGUGUAGAGAGAGUAGACAUAAAUUUUGCAUGACAGAAAUUUUUAAAUACAACGAAGCAUACUUUGAGUGGGAAACUGGUAGAUUUUAUUAAGUUAAACAGUGCCGCGAUAAUUUUUAAAAAUGUCAAGCGGCAUAUUUUAAUAGCACACACGUCAGAAGUCAAUGAAAACAGAGUUAGAAAUCUAGCAAACGAAGUUUUGAAGUGUGCAUUUAUUUACCGUACUAUCAACGCAGGUAGUAGCGAAAAGCCCAGACACGCGUGUUUCGCCGAUCUAAUGUCGCUGCCUGACGCAGAUGCGAGCGGUUCGGUUCGUCAGUAGGUCCCCCAGCCUUCCUCGUCUGAUUUUUGGUAUAUGACCUCCAGUUUCACAUUGCCUUGUUUAAUUUCCAAAGAAUUAGUGCGCGAACUCGGAGUAAAUCUUUCAAAACGGGCCUUCUCAGGCACGGUCCGAAUUUUUUGAUAUGCAUAUUUGACCUGAAAUCCAUCAGGGGCUGCGGAAUAACCGCUCAAUAUUCACAAACCGCCAAGUGGCAGCAAGUAGUAUAAACAUGUGCAAUGAUGUACCGUACUAACAACACAGGAAACAGCUAAAGCCUUGACGAGCCGCACCCCUCGCAGCUGCGUCAGGCAUCGGCAUAAGGUGACAUGCCAUUAGGCCGGUCGAUGCCUAAAAAAUAUAAAUAGAACUGACAGGCGUGAUCGUAAGCAUAUCAGUUUGUGUUUACAGAAAAAAAACUUGUCUUCCGUUGAAUUAAUUUACACUUCUAUUUCGUUUUAGAUCACGCUGA